AUCGUGCUGCUCAUCGGUCUCCUCGGCAUCCUGAUCAACGUAGCGGGCUCGGCAGAGCCCCUGGGCUUCAGGCCCAUGACGCCGCAGCGCGGCCAGCGCAUCGGCGAGUCGCGGCUACCGGCACCACAGUGGGGACAGCAUCGCGAGCAUAACGUACAGGGUCUGCCGGCGGCAGAGCUGGCACAGCAGAGCACAUCCAAGGUCCCGCCGUUCUGGGCUCCGUACCUCGAGCAGCGCGGGUACCCCUUCAGGCUGUGGGUCCAGGACGUGAUGCUGUGGUGCGCGGCGACGGAGCUGCAGCAGCACCAGCGCGGCCCGGCAAUCGUCCAGCGGCUCGGCGGCACGGCAAGGGGCCUCUGCCGCGAGGUGCCGGUCGAGGCCAUCGCUCACGGCAGGUUCGACCAGCUCGGCAACCUGGUCGAGGACGGAGUGCAGAUGCUGAUCACCGGACUCAGGCGGCGCUUUGGCCCGCUCGACGUCCAGUCAUCGAUCAGCACCAUCGUCGAGCUUCUCACAUUCCGCAGGCAGGAGCGGGAGAGCGUCGAUGACGCGAUCACGCGCUUCGAGGCUCUGCGCGCCCGAGUGGCGCAGCUGGACGACCCGUUCGUGCUGCCGACGCCGGUGCUCUCGCUGUUGUUUCUGGAGGCCCUGCAUGUGCCCAAGGCUGUGUACCCCUUGGUGCUGCAGUCCAACAGCGGCCAGCUGCCAUUGACGAUCGAUCAGCUGAACAGCGUGAUCGGGAUGGUGCGGCAGCAGGGCCACUUCGCGGAGCACACCCACGCAGGACCUCAGAACUUGGCUGAAGGGUACCGCGGCAAAGGAUAUCAUGGUCAUCAUUGGUUCACGGGCGAGAAUGACAGCGGCGCAAACACCUGGCACGACACGGCCGCCUACAUGUAUGGUCAGAACGCAGUCAGCGCGGCAGGGAGCGCUGGAUCUGCACCUCAGCACUACGUGGUCCAGGACGACGAGGGCUACGAUUGCUGCGCCGUCUGCUCGAGCUACCUGUACGAGGACGAGCCCGGGGGCGAUGACUCGAUGACCGACGACGACGACUUGGACACUUCCCAGUUCACUCAGGAAGAACUGCAGGAGUAUUAUGGCGACUCCGAGGGCUGGGACUACGACACCCUGCUACAUGAGUACCUGUUCGCGAAGCGCAGGUUUCGCCACUUCGUCCAACGGAACAGCCGCCGCCCUCGUUUCCCGCGCAGCAACUGGUCUCUACGUAUGAACAGCGGCAAGGGCGGCAGCAGCUUUGGACGCGGGCGAGGCCACGGCAAGGGAUACCACUUCGGCGGAUCGGUGGUGAACCCAGGUUCACUGACGGGAGGAAAAGGUAAGAAGAAGAAGGGCGGCAAGCACUACAUGGCUGGCACGCCCGGCGCCACCAAUCCCCGAGGCAGUGACGGCCGCACGAUGCGGUGUCACGAGUGCGACUCGGAGACUCACCUCGUGGCCGCCUGUCCCAAGCGCAAGGGCAAGGGCAAAGGCAAGCACUUCAUGUCCUGGAAUUCUGGCAGCGCCGCGACGGGGACGCAGCAGGCCGGGGCUCCUGCCGCCGACCCAACGUUGGCCGCCUAUGCGCCCGUGCCCGCGCAGCCGCGGACUGGAGCCUUGUCUGGAGUGCUGCACUGGUUCACUGAGGACGCCAGGACGCCCGGCCUGCAGAUCGACGAUCUUGACGAGGACACCUCCCGCGAGGCUCUGAGCUGGGAGACCCUUGACAUGCGCGACAACGUCGCGGAGCACGACAUACUGACGGAGAUCCAGGCCAGCAUGCAGGACCGAGCUGUGGAGGAGCAGCCUCCGGCGACAGUUGGGCGAUCAGCGGCCGUGACCAGCCCGACCUGGUUCCCAUGGUGGCGAGUGGAUCAGUUCGAGAACGCCAGCGGGGAGACCUACUUGGUUCGCACCCGCAUGAAGGACAGGAGUGGCGAGGCUCUGCCGGUGGACCCCGGGAGCCCAGGCAACCUUACUGGCGACGAGUGGGGCAACAGGAUGGCAGCGCGACAGCAGCAGGCAGGACGUCCACCGCCUGUCCGCGCCCCACUUGACCGGGUGCUUGAGGUUGGUGGUGUGGGCUCAGGAUCUCAGCAGGCCACGCACGCCCAUCGCUAUCAACUGGCGCUGCAGGGAGGACAAGCCGCGACCUACGAGGCGCCGGUGCUCCCGAACAGCAGCGUGCCGGCACUGGUCGGGCGAGCAUCGCUGCGGGACCAGCGCAUACUGCUCGACUGCUUCAACAAUCGCAUGUACCGCAUCGGCCCGGGCGGCUACUCCCUGCAGCUGAGCCCAGGAUCAUCGCAGUACCAUCUGGAAGAGAGCCACGCCGACGGGAACAUCGGGGAGUUCGGGACCCACGAGGACGAUGGCAUUGGCGACUUCGACGACAUCAGAUUCGACAUCCUUACCUGCAGCAACCGCACCGACUACCGCAUCCACCAGGACGGCAAGCAGGAAGACCACUACUGCGACGUCAUCCGGCAGUGGGAAGUACAGGGGAGACCGCCAUCGGCAUGGGUGUUCGGUGACUUGCAGAACCUGUGCCAGAACGCGCUGCACGGAUGCGGAUAUGCGGUGGGUCGCAACUGUGAUGUUCACAGAUUCCUCGGGCAGGAGGAUAAGUGGGCGGAUUCCUUGCGCCACCAGCAGCCGGAGCUCGUUUGGAUCAGCCUGGCUCAGCCGGGCACGUCGCGAGGCACUCGCAACGACAAGCGAGCCAAGCGCUUCGAGUGUAAGAUCGCUCGAGCUCAACUUGAAGGGCAUCGCUGCUGCAUCGUCGAGGCGGACGAGGGCAGCGCGGCGUGGGACAUGCCCGACAUCCUGGAGCUGCUGGACGACAGGAGGUGGCACUCAGGUGAGCGACGUCGCCCUGGCCGAGUAUCAUUCGCGGACGACGUUGACGAGACCGGCUGCAAGGUGAGCGCGCUGACCGCGAGCUUUCCCACCGAGCAGAGGACGCGCGACAAGGCGCGCAAGGCAGCAGACCCGGAGCGCAAGGUGAAGAAGAGGCCACAGACAGUGGAGCAGGUCUUCGACGACUGCGGCUCCGAUUUCACGAAACUCUACGUGGCGAACGAAUACGAGCUGGACGAUGUGUGCUACGGCACCGAGCUCAGGGAGGACCAGCACAUCGAUGAGCAACCGUACAUCAUGAUGUCCGAGUUCUUUGGCAUGAUCGGCUCGGAGGCGCACCUGAACGAGAAAGACGAGCAGCAGAACUUCUUCAGCUCGGUCAAGGAUAUGGACACACACAUGAACCUCUACUACGGCCACCUGCAGCACGACGACGUCGCGGAGUUGUGCGGUGGCGCAUCUGGAACAACCCGGCUACUCGUGCGACGAGGAUAUCGGGGCGGUCCCAACUUCAAUCUCACUUGCGACUGCAAUUUGAUGACGCACGAGGGCCAGAGGCAGUUUUGGGAAUAUCUGUAUCAUGGCAAGCCUCUUGUUUUACUCAUUAGCACGCCCUGUACGAGCUUGAAGGGGUUCUCGGCGCUCAAUAAGGUCAUCAACUACGACGGUUGGCUUCGCAGUCGCAAGACAUCAGUGGGGCUGGCCCGCAUCGCCGCUGCAGCGGCGUGCACUCAGAUGGACGCCGGACGCCACUUUGUGUCGGAGCAGCCGUUGGGCAGCGACUUCUACAAGCUCGACGACUGGCAACACAUCGCCAACAACUACGCGGUGGCGUGGUGCCAAGUCGACCAGUGCAUGGCCGGCAAGAUCGGGCGGCGAACGGGACUACCGAUCAAGAAGUCCUCGGAGUUCUGGGCUUCGGACGAGCGCCUGCUCGCCGGACUCAGGAAGUUUCGCUGCGACGGCCAGCACGAUCACGCUUUGCUGGCCCAUGGUGGCCGAGGACCCCAUCCAGAGCGUGACAAAUGGCGACUAGAGAACCCCAAGGAUCACGCGGAGUGGGCGAUUGGCAUCUGCCGGGAGCUGGCGGCGAGCAUCUCCCAGAUGGUGGAGCGCGUGAGGCAUCAGGGACACCACCUCGUGGUGUACGAGUGCUACCCCACGGCGGAGCCGGACGAGACAUCAGGCGGCGCCUCGGGAUCGGCGGACGCCAUCGGCGAGGCACCCGUCGCGGAGCAGCCGGCUGCGGCCCCGGCCGCGCCACCCCGAGAGCUGCUGACCAAGGCCGGCGCUCCUGCCUCUACGCUGGCCCUGGUGAAGGAGAUCUGCGACACGUGCCGGGUGUGUAGGCUAUGGACGAGACCGGGACCGAAGAGCAUGACGAUCUCUCGGCUCGCGACGGGUUUCAACGAGAUGGUGCAGUGGGACAUCCUCUACAUCGGCGAACAUAUGGUAGCACACAUGAUCGAUGAGGCGACCCGCUGGACGGUGCUGUACAUUCUGGAACGCAAGACAGCGAUCAUGAUUAUCGCCGGCAUCACUCAGGGAUGGCUACGCCCUCAUGGCCCCAUGAAGCUGCUGAUUGCCGACAUCGAGGGCGGUCUCCAUGGCGAGGAGGCGUACCAGUGGCUGGACCGCUGGGGCAUUGAGAUGAAGGCCAAAGAGGAGGGCUCGCACGCGCAGCUGGUGGAACGCCAUCACGACCUAGUGCGCAAGAUCAUACACCGCGUGCAGGUCCAGCUUGCGGAAGAAGGCAUUGUGAUGCCGUUGGAGAUCGUGAUCAUGGAGUGUGCCCUCAUCAAGAACCUUCUCAUCACCGUGGCUGGCUACAGCCCUUACCAGGCGGUGUACGGCCGACUUCCGCCCCUGCUCGCCGAGUUCGAGCCGGUGAGCGACUGCCAGAUCGACGCGCUGCAGCUGGUGGUCGGCGACCAGGUUGACUUCCACCGGCCGCCGAGCACGAAGGAGGAGUCGGGGUGGCGCGGCCCGGCGACCUUACUGCAGGUCGGACCUCCAGUGCUCAUUCGAUGGCAGGGCCGAGUAUUUCAAGUACGACCUCAGGACCUUCGGCGAAGCCUCGUCUACUUCGUGAUGUUCACGAAUAACAUCUUCUUCGAGGCAGGAUCGCGCGACUCGGUGGCCACCAUCAUGAGCUACGCGGACCAGCUGGACAGCAAGGUCGUGCGCGUCGGGUGGCUCUUCGACGCCGGGUGGAAGCGGACCGCGGACAGCCAGAAGCUCAGCGAGUUGGUCCUGACGGUGUUGCACGUUGCCGCCAGUGGCUUCUACCUGGUGGGGUGCAUCGGCGCGCGAGUGGGCAAUGGCGUGUCCGUGCUCGAAGGAAUGGUCGGAUGCGACCGCAGCUUCCUGUGGUGGUGGCGGCGCGGACGCCCAGAGCUGUCCUGGUACCACGAGGCGUCUGGAUCUGCUCGCCUGAAGUUGGCUCCGAUAUUUGACAAGGAACACUGGCGGGACGUCAGCUUCGUGCAGUUCAUCAUGACAGACGACGAGUCCGUUCGCGAACUUCGGCGACGUGAACCCGAGGCGGGGGAGCUCGAGAGAGAUCGCGCUCACGUGAUGGCCCGGACCGUGAUCAUGGAGCCCGAGGAGCACCUGUUCGCGAGCUGGCAGCACCUGAAGGAGCAGGCCGCUCUGCCUGCUGUUGACAUCGAGUGCACUCAGAGCGACUUCUUCUUCGCAGCCCCGGACGCAGAUCACGUGGCAGAAGCAGUAGAGGAUGAUUCUUCGAAUUCCCGACCCGACUGCGUCGAGAUCGGCAUAGGUGCGCCACUCAUGUACUGGGUGCACCCUGAGGUGGAGCACAUACGACGACCUGGGUCAGGGGAGAUCUACAUCCUGCGCGUCUACAACACGGGCAAGCGCGAGAUUGUCGUCGAGCGCGAGAUGAACGUGCUCACGCUGGAAGAGGCCCGAGCUCACGAAGUUGAAGUACGUCAGGCCAUGAAGGACGAGCUCCAGCGCUGGGCGGAGUUGAAGGCAUUCCAGCGUUUCCCGAAGGACCAGGCGACUAACAUCAUCGACUCGCGCUGGGUGCUCAAGUGGAAGGAGAUCGACGGCAAGAAGCAGGUGCGCGCGAGGCUCACGGUGAGAGGCUUCAAGGACAUGCAGUCACCGGAGCUGUCCACUUUUGCGGGUACUACGACACGAUGGGGACAGCGACUGGUGAAUCAGGUGACUGCACAGCGCAAGUGGCGAUUAUUCUCAGCGGACAUCAGCCAGGCGUUCUUGCGCGGUCUCACCUUCGAGCAGGUUGCCGCCAUGGACGGCGAGGUCAAGCGGAAGGUGCAGUUCACGAUGCCGCCAGGAUCGAUCCCAGUCCUCCGGCAGCUGGAGGGCUACGAGGACUACAACCCUGUGACAGAGGUGUUGUUGCUCCUGCGCUGCGGCUUCGGUCUGAAGGACGCGCCGAGGCUGUGGCAGGUCAUGUUGAAGCAAGUGCUGGAGAAGACAGGAGGCAAGGCGCUCAUCAGCGACCCGCAGAUCUACGUGUACCACGACGCGAAGGGCGAGCUGCAGAUGAUCAUGUCCUCGCACGUGGACGACCUCAAGGGCGGCGGCGAGGACUACCUGCGGGAGAAGGUACUGAACAUGAUCGAGAGCGAGUUCGGGAAGUUGAAGCGCCAGUACGACUGCUUUGAGUGCAUUGGCAUCAUGCACGAGCAGGACGCUGUGACCAAGGCCAUCUGGACGCAUCAGCAGCACUACGUUCAGCAGCUGCGACCGCUCCAGGAAGACCAGUAUGUGAUGGAGAACGAAGAUGGCCAGGUGAGCGUGGAGACCCACGCGGCGUAUAUGUCGCUGCUCGGGGGGAUCGCAUGGAUGACGCAGACGAUGGCGCCCAUUGCAGUGUACGUCAGCUAUCUCCAGCGGCAGGCCAAGAAGCCGUCGGUCGGAGACAUCCGGAAGAUCAACAGGCUGCUGAAGUGGAUCAUGGUGAACUCGAAUCAGCUCGGAGUUCGGUUCAUCGAGUUGGACAUGACACGAGUGCGGCUGGUCGUCGUCAGCGACUCAGCCUUCCACGCCAUGGAGUUCGAAGGCUUGGCGAUCCGAGGAUGUGUGAUCAUGUUGCUGGAGUCCGACGACGAUGUGCUUCAAACCGGAUCGACGUACAGGAUCGUGAUGCUUGACUGGUACAGCAGAAAGCAGAACAACGUAGUCAUGUCCACCUACGCCGCCGAGCUCAUGACGUUGUUGGACGCACUCGGCACUGGCACCCUUAUGAAUGUGGCAUUGACCGAGAUCAGUGAAGGAGUAUGCACGGCGAACCAGAUGCGAGUGCGGCAGGAGGCCGGCGACCUAGUAUUGAAGAUGAUCGCGGCCAUCGACGCGAAGGCAGUGUUCGACGCCGUCUCCGCCGCCACCAUCAAGGUGACCACGGACAAGCGCAUGUUCGUGCCGACGCUCGCAGUGCGUGAGCAGAUCGACCGCCUCCAGCUGGCACAGCUCAGCUGGAUCGACACCGUGGACAUGCUGGCGGACGGGCUGACGAAGGGCGAGCUCGACCGGACGGCCCUCGUGAAGCUGGGCUUCAGCAGUGAGUGGCGCUUGAGCGGGCUGCAGCCAGUGGCCUUCUCAGUGCGCAGUGUGCUGGAGUGCCGCGCAGAGCGCUCGACCGCGCGGCAGUUCGCCCUGGACUCCUCCAAGCAGGUCGCCGGUGCAGGCUGGACCCACUGCCUGAACUUGCUCUGCGCAUGGGCACUGGGGCAGUCCAUCGGCCAGGGGGACCAGUGCGCCGUGUACUGGAUCGAGAUCGUCCUCGACACCACCCUGGGCGUCGCGGUGGAGUUCUGGCUCCUCCGGCUGCUGCUGCUCGCGGUGGGGAGGGCCUGCGGCGCCGCGGCGGCGGCCAGCUGCGCCUCCGGCAGGUACUUUGACGGCGCCGGGGGGUUCCUCUUCGGAGGGUACGUGCUGCAGCUCUGCAUCUGGCUCCUGGUGGUCACGGGCAUGAAGUGCGCCAUGGUCCUCCUCAUGCUGCUGGGCGCGCCACUGCUGCAGCCUGCGGCGGCAUGGCUUCUAGCGCCAGUUCUCCAUCACCGGCUCCUGAAGCUGCUGGUCGUCAUGAUCCUCACUCCUGGUGUCAUGAACGCUCUGCAGUUUUGGCUCGUCGACAACAUCUUCGUGCACGCCAGGGAGGAGCCGCAGUUCGAGCGCUCCGAGUGCCCAGAGGCGCUCCUGGUGGAGGGCCUGGAGCGAGGUGCGCAGAGGCAUGGGGGCUCUCCGGAGCAGACUCCCAGCGGGGCUGCCAACGCCAUGCUCCUGUGCGCCCAGCCCUUGGCCAUGAAAGCGUCUAAGUGA